UAUUCUCAUUCAAUUGCCUUAUCAAUUCUCGGAAUUUUAUUUAUUAAGCAUCAAGUGAGAAUUCUCAAUAUGUCGCUACAGUCGAGCGAAUUGAGUGUGUGGCAGUCGGUUAGUAGAAUUUUAAAGAUCACAAUCUCAGCGAGAGCUAAUUGCAAACGUCUGAGUUUCAUUUUAAAUAACAAAACUAAUCAAAUCCAACAGCUGACCAGGGUUUUCGGUUUUUAUCAAUUAUUAUGAACGGCUUUGUAACAAUGGAAGUCGUGAACACUACGAAAAGUGUACAUAUAUGCACAUGUAAAUACCGGUGAUUUUGCAGCGAAAAAUACCUUCUAUUAUAGAACAAAAACAACAGUGAUUAAUGUAUGUUCAACAAAAAAAAGGAAAUAUGGUUAUGAACGCUUUGAUGUGGGAGCUCUAACACACACUAUGACUGUGUGUUACUUAGCUUAACAAAUCUAAAAAGCUUUUGCAUAAAACAAAAACACAAAAUAUCGCCAUCUGUGAUGAAAGCUUCAUAUUAGUGGACU